GGAGAGGGGAUAAGAAAGAUGCAUGCAACCGUGCAGAUGCGGUUCCCAUAAUGUCUUUAAUGCCUUCCCUCCGUGUCUUGACUUCCCAAUGCCGAAAGAUACACUCCACUUGUUCUCUCUCUUCCUCUUUUCAUUUCAUCUCUCUCCUUUUCCUUCUCUCCUUGAGGUGAGGUGGUGGAGGAAUGCUUGUCACCCUGCACUGUUUUAGCUCCCUCUCUUCUUCAACACUUCCCUUCUCCUCGUCCUCUGUGAAGAAGAAGAGCUUCCCAGUUUAGGUUGAUCUCCGGUGCUCCUCUACUGUUUGCUUCGAUGGACGGGCGCACUUGCAACGUCUGCUUCCGCCGCUUCUCCGACGGCUACGCUCUUGGCCGUCACAUGCGCUCUCACGUCACCUCCACAGCCCCUCGGUCGAGGUCGUGCCGCCCUGGAGAUUCCCACUCCUCCGUCUCCUCUGGUCAUGCUGCGUCGGAGCGCGACGUGGAAGAGGAGAAGGCGGUGGAGGUGGGACUCUCUUGUGGCCUCCGCGUGAACCUCCGGAAGAACUUCCGGCUCGUGGACUCAGAGUUCUCCUCUUCCUCCUCUUCUUCCUUCGCCGCCGACGAGCCAGCUGGCCCCUGCGUCGUCGUUCCAGACUCGGAGAGCGAGACGGAGUCACCCCGCGCCCGUCGCCUCCGAACGAAGAAGCGCCGCCUCGGGGCCACUGCCCUUUCGCCGGAUCAACCGGAUGCGGAGCCGGCGAGCUCCGUUUCGUACGCGACCCCCGACGAGGACGUCGCCCUCUGCCUGAUGAUGCUCUCCCGCGACUCCUGGGCCGCCGCCCGAUCGCGGCCCCCGCUCCGGAGGGGAAGGAGUCGGCACCAGUGCGACGCGUGCAAGAAGGUGUUCCGGUCGUACCAAGCGCUCGGUGGCCACCGGGCGAGCCACAAGAGAAUAAACGGCUGUGUCCCGGCCGUGGAACGCCGAGUCGCCAGCUCGGCCGACGGCGUCUACACCAACGCCGAUGCCAGAGUCUACGAGUGCCCCUUUUGCUUCAGAGUCUUCAGCUCCGGCCAAGCUCUCGGCGGCCACAAGAGGUCGCACUUUAUGUCCUCUGUCACCAACAAAUCGCCGUCGAGCACCUCCCCUGUCCCCGCCGUCACCAACUACGUCCGCAGCUUCGGCCUUAUCGACCUUAACCUGCCGGCGCCAGCGGACGACGACGUUGAGCUGUCCGCCAUUUCCGAUACUGAAGUUCCUUUCCCUACCUCAACGUGUGGCAAGCAUGCAAUCUAAGCACUCUCUCUCUCUACCCACAGCACAAAGAGAGAGCAAACUAAGCCUAAAGACACAGAAACACAAAAAGGGUCGAAGUUUUGAGAUAAACUAAGAAGCUUCAACUCCUCCUCUUCCAGUCUAACACUGGAUAAAGCUGGUGAUUUGAUUAUGUUGUUGAUAUUGCCCUCAAACAGGGGAGGAAUGCAGAAGCUUUUCUUCA